AUGUUUACUGAAUUAUGCAAAACAAACAAUCUGGUUUUCCUCUAUAUUUAUGCGUCGCUGUUAUGGGUUAACUCAGGUGAAACAAGAACAUUAAAAAUUGAUACCCAAGAAUGUUUUGGACUUCCAGAGAAACCGUUUAUAACCCAUGGUGCAGUUAUUGUACACACACGUGCAAUCGGUAGAACUUUGUGUUAUUUUCAACCAUCAGAUACAAAUCAAUAUUUAAGUAUUUAUCCUACAAAAUUAGAAUUGCCUCGCCAGUUUGGUGUUUGUCCAACGAUACAAAUUAAUGAAUUCACAUCUGUAAGAGAUGAACUGAUUGAUAAUAGUGAUCCGAAUAUGUUUAUACCAAUGACUGUUCCUGCAGAUACUAAGUUAAUAUUCCAAGCCAAUUGUACAAAUUAUGCAUCUAUGCAAAGUAAAACUGUACACACAUCAUCACCGAAUCUUCGAAUACAAAUUUUAUUUGAUCCAUAUAAUUCUGCAGCAUCAGAUGUGGAGUAUCAGUUUGUUAUAUCUUCCUAUGUAUUGGGACCUUCAUACAAUUGUCCAUCAAACACAUUUCGAUGUUGGGAUGCAGCCACUAAUUGUAUACCUGAUUCUCUUACAUGUGAUGGCAUAUCUAAUUGUCGAGAUGGAUCAGACGAAAAUGGCUAUUUAUGUACUGGAAGGAUUAACGGUAUCCCGAUUCCACUAUUCGCAAUUAUUAUCGCUGUUUCAUUUCUCGGACUGAUUCUUCUUGUAUUGGCUGUUGUAUUUCUUCUACGUAAACGAAGAAUCCGUAAACAAAAAGAAGAACAGACAUGGAUAGAUAUGACCAUGCGACCCCCCGCUAAUGCUCGUCAACCCCUGCUUGUCGAAAGAACAUAG